AUGCUGAUUUCGUUUUUCCUAUUUCUUUUCUAUUUUCUUCGAUUUUGUUCAGCUGAAUUAUUACGAACUGCUUAUUGUGUAGAUAAAUGUGAUGUAUUUUUACAUUUGGCUGAUGCCAAAAUUCCAAUUUGUGAUGAAGAAAGUUAUUUGAAAAUGAAUCAUUGUGUGACAGGUAAGAUCGCGUAUUUGUUUAAGUCCCCAUAAGCCAGAAAAGUUGAGGAUUACGAUGCUCCACUUUUACGCCAUCGAAAAUGAUGCAAAAUGAUCUCGUGAACGCGGAGCAUCGUUAAAAAUGUUUCAUCAAGUUUACCGGUGUAUACUCGUAGCAUCGUUGUUUCAUUUUAAAAUUGGUAGUUUUUUCCAACCCGUAAUCGAGGAGUGUCCGCGCUUACAGAACGAAACUCCGCGCUUACAAAAUUUGAAAAUUGAAAACCCUAGGAAAUUCAGAAAAAUUUAUUUUCAAAAAACUACAAUCAAUUUUUUCCAGAAAUGUCAUGUUCUUGGACUGAAUCAGAUAUGGAAAAGCAUAGACACGUUGCAAAUUCUUCCGAAGAAAUUAUAUGUUGUUAUCGAGUAACGAAAAAAGAUGGAGUUUGUGAAAAUCAACAGCAGAAUAUUGAAAAUACACAGGUAACUAGAUAACUAAAUAAUUUUAUCUGGAAAAAAAACAAUAUUUUCAGCCAUCGAAUGAUUGUGUAAUUGCACAUGCUCCAGCUCUUUUGUCAUUCAUAACUGUUCUUCUGGUUGUAAUCGCUUUCCAGGUUCGUAAAUUUUUGCAAAUUCUAUUUUCAGUCGAAAUUUCUUUCAGACAACAUAUAUCAUUUGGAUUUGUUUGACUCAAAAUAACUUUACCAAGAAAAUAUCGCAUUUCGAUAAUCCGCGACUAUUGUCAAGUUGA